CCACGGGACCGGGGCAAAUGACUUCAAGCGGUCCUGGAUCUUCCAUAAAACCGUCCCCUUCACUCAAUCUCGUCUCAGCAGCUGCAGCUAAAACCAAGUACGGUGCAUGGCACCCUGCCACUUAACGGAUCUCACUGGAAUAUCGUUUGGAAAAAGUAAUAUGGAAGUUCUGCGCCCACAGCUUAUAGUAAUUGAUGGACGGGCUUAUAGGAAGAAUCCUAUACAAGAAAAGACUUGUCAGCAUGAAGAAGAAGAUGAGGAUUUCUAUCCAGGUUUCAUGGAAGGUGCAGAAGAGCCCUGUGAUACCUACGAGGUGGUGCCAACCCAGCACGGUUUUCGAUGCACAGUGAAGGCCCCGAGCCUGCUCUACAAGCAUAUAGUUGGAAAGAGAGGGGACACACGGAAGAAACUAGAAAUGGAGACUAAAACUUCAAUUAGCAUUCCUAAGCCUGGACAAGAAGGAGAGAUUGUGAUCACUGGCCAGCAUCGCAGUGGUGUAAUUUCUGCACGGACACGAAUUGAUGUUCUUUUGCUCACCUUUCGGAGAAAGCAGCCCUCUACUCAUUUCCUGUCCUUUUUCCUCAAUGAAGUUGAGGUUCAGGAACGAUUCCUGAAAUUCCAGGAGGAAGUGCUAGAGAAAUGCUCCACGGAUGAUGGGGUUGAUAGCACAAUUUUCCAGAAUCCCCAGAAGCUUCAUCUAACUAUCGGGAUGUUGGUGCUCCUGAGUGAGCAGGAGGUCCAGCAGACGUGUGAGAUGCUCCAGCAGUGUAAAGAGGAGUUCAUUGAUGACAUUUCCGGGGGCAAACCUUUGGAAGUGGAGAUGUCGGGGAUAGAGUACAUGAAUGACGACCCUGGCAUGGUGGAUGUCCUUUAUGCCAAAGUCCAUAUGAAGGAUGGUUCCAACAGGCUGCAGGAGUUGGCUGACCGAGUGCUGGAACGUUUUCAGACAUCUGGAUUCAUAGUGAAAGACUGGAACAGUGUGAAACUCCACGCCACAGUCAUGAACACGCUCUUCAGGAAGGACCCCAAUGCCGAAGGCAGGUACAAUCUCUACACAGCGGAUGGCAAGUAUAUCUUCAGGGAGAGAGAAUCGUUUGACGGCAGAAACAUUUUAAAGCAAUUUGAGAACUUCUACUUUGGUACCCUGAAGCUCAAUUCAAUUCACAUCUCCCAGCGGUUCACAGUGGACAGCUUUGGCAACUACGCUUCCUGCGGCCACGUUGACUUCUCCUGAGGUGGAGCGGGGGAGCACUGGGUCUUCGGCGGCACCUCCAGGCCGAGGAGGACAGCUUCGUUCCGAGCUGAAGGUGGCUCGGGAAUUCCACAUGGGACGGACGGUUCAGAGCGGCUCUCCGCAGACACUGGUGGACACUGCUCGCCUCUGAUGGCUGCCCACGUCCACUGCACUGUCAGGCAGGGGGUGGUGGGCAUGAGGAUUUGGCCUGCAAACCUGGGCCUGUACAUCUUUCCCAGGGUCUGUCUUUCCUCAUAAAGCUCUUUGGAAAUGGGGCUGCACUUGGCUGGGCCUCGGGUUUGCGAGGUUUCCCAUACCGCUGAUGAUUUUACCCCGGCUAUUAAACUCUUC